UGACUCACAAGUAGCACAUUGCGGACACCGCAUCAGAGAAGAGGAGACACAAAACACAACCAGCUGGCAGGAGCAGAUCCAGUGAAUCCACAGCAGCAGCACUUUAGGCUACUAAUAAUACUAGCAGGCUUCUCUAUGCUGGAGCUACACACAGAGGCUGUGUUUAUGAGUGUGUAUCAGGAGAACAGUGUCGUAUGAGAAAGGAUAGCUUGGAGCAGUGGUUAAUGAGUGCAGGUGAGAAGGAUGAGUCUUGACCCUGUGCAGGUCAUGAAGGGACAGGACCCCAUGUCCCUCGGCCCCUUGUCAGGCUCAAACGGUGACAGCAAAGCCUCUUGGAAUGACAACGAGGGCUUCUGUGAUAGUGUGGGUUCUACUAAAAAGUCCCAAACUGGACCAGUAAGAAGAGCCAGGAAGGUGGAGGGAGGCAUUUUCUUUCCAAAGCCAGAGAAUGCAGUAACCAUAGCCGUGUCUUCUCGGGUGCUGUUCCGCACAGAGAAAGAGCAGAAGGUGUUUGAAGAGAAAGGAGUGGAGGAGUACCUCAAGUACCAGGUGGAACACGAGAAUGAGCCUUUAGCCCCUGGACCAGCAUUUCCAUUUGUUAAGGCCCUGGAGGCGGUUAAUGCACAAUUGCGAGAGCUGUACCCUGACAGUGAGGAGCUUUUUGACAUUGUGCUGGUGACCUAUAAUCAUGCCCAUGUAGGAAUAAGAUUAAUUAACACCAUCAACCACCACAAUCUGUUCAUUGAGCGGUUCUGCAUGACAGGAGGCAGUAGUCCGAUUGGCUACCUGAAAGCAUGGCACACAAACCUGUACCUGUCAGCUGACCCAAAAAAGGUGCAGGAGGCACUGGCUGAAGGCAUUGCAGCGGCCACCAUGUUUAUGCCCGAGAAGCAGACAGACGUGUCGGAGACACAGCUAAGAGUGGCAUUUGAUGGCGAUGCUGUUCUCUUCUCGGAUGAGUCUGAACGAAUAUUCAAAGCUCAUGGCCUGGACAAGUUCUUUGAGCAUGAGAAGGAAAAUGAGAACACGCUACUAGAUCAUGGCCCACUCAAAGGUUUCCUAGAGGCCCUCGGAAAGCUCCAGAAGAAGUUCUAUGCUAAAGGCCACAGGUUAGACUGCCCCAUUCGCACCUAUCUGGUGACUGCUCGCAGUGCAGCCAGCUCAGGCAUCCGUGCUUUAAAGACUCUCCGUGCCUGGGGACUGGAAACAGAUGAAGCCCUGUUUUUAGCUGGUGCUCCCAAAGGCCCCAUGCUGGAGAAAAUACGACCCCACAUCUACUUUGAUGAUCAGAUGUUCCAUAUAGAAGGUGCUGCAGAGAUGGGCACGAUUGCUGCACAUGUACCAUACGGGAUAGCACAGAAGUACCCUUACAAAAAGAGUUCCAACUCUGACAAGUAAGGACAGGAAUGGAUGGAAUGGACAUUAGACAUUGUACUGAGUUUCCUGCAUGACUCAGUGACUCAGUGACCCAGCAGCAAGAUAUUUACUUUUUUUAACCAACAUUAUUUUACGUAAAAUACUGAGCUUAUGUGACCAUUCACACAAUGAAGACACAGUUGAAGAAAAAAACUUGUCCUAGCAUUUAUCUCUCUGUUGUCCUUGUUUUAUUCAUUGAUUUGUAAAUAGCUCAGUGCAGUUGGAUGAAUAUUCAUUCACUGAAAUGAAAAAUCUCUCUGAUCAAUUUUGGUGCCCUUUUAUUUUUUGGAUAGUAUUAUGAUGGUAAUUGUGAUAUACUGUAUGCUACAAUAGUUUUCUAUCAUAAUAAGCUACGAUGGUAGAUAGUCAAUACAGAAUGUUGUCAUAUAAAACCUAAGGCAGACUAUAUAUAUUAUAUAUUGUAUAGUAUAUAUUAUAUAGAUUUUAUACCACAUAUUUUCUAUAACAGCAAUUCUGACAGUAGUUUUGGCUACAAGAUAAAUCAGGUUUAUAUUAAUGCACUCAUUCUAAUAUAGUAUUGUUACUUUAGAAACAACUUACAAAGAGACUUGUAUGGCAGAUGCUCCACAUACACGGAUUUUAAAAACAUGUGUAAAGGUUGAUAUGAUGAAGUUUUCUGUGAGGAGACAUUUCUUUAACAUUUAUAGAAAGAGUCUCACGUGUCAGAGCUUUUCUGACACUGGAAGGACUUCAAAAUGGAGGGCUUUGCAGUUUCUUGGUACCACCUGAUGCAUAACAUCAAGAGGGAAUGAUUGUUUGUAGCUGCUAUAAUGCAAGAGAUAACAGGAAUUAACUUGCUUCCUCAGAUGUUCUACAACACUAAAUGUAACUAUAAAUGGAUAAAACAUACAAUGUGUCAUUUAUUAACGAAUAAAAAUACUUUAGCAUUGGCAAAUUGCUGUGGAGUCAGGUUGCAUCACACCACCCUGUUGCUGAUUAUUUUUUCUAUAACAGCACACCCUGUUAUGUUUUAUUCCUCACAUAUAUCAUAUUGUGUGUUCUAUAAAGUAAAGGAGGAAACUAUAAAUUG